ACCCCUUAUGAGCGUCGCGGUGUUCCGCUUCCCUUUCAGGAGCCAGACCGGACGCGCUCAAAAAGGGCUGCGAUCAGCGAGUUGCGUCGCCAGCACAUCCCACAAGCCAUGCUCGUCCACUUGGAGCCCUACAAUCCGCAGUGGCCCGUGGAGUUCCAGCGAGUCAAGGCGGAGCUGGAGGAGCUACUGCGCGGCGUGCCCCUGGUCGGCAUCGAGCAUGUAGGAAGCACGUCCGUGGUAGGCCUGGUAGCCAAGCCAGUCCUCGACAUUGACAUCAUCGUGUCUGGCCCCGAGGAGCUGGAGGUCGCGCGCCGAGUCAUGGUCAAUCCGGGUGGCUACCUCGACCUGGGCGAGAUGGACAUUGCAGGUCGCUUUGCGUUCCGGCAGCCCGGCUACGGCAAGGCAGACGCCGCGCUGGGUGGCUCCACUGGACCAGGACAGGAGAUGCGCAGGAACACCUAUGUGAUGCUGAACGGCUGCCGCGCCCUGCGCAACCACCUCGAUGUCCGAGAGGCACUGCGCAAAGAUGCAAAGGUGCGCGACGAGUACGCUCGAGUCAAGCAGGAGCUGGCCAGGCACGACUACGAGCACAUUGGCCAGUACGUGGAUGGCAAGACGGGCAUCCUGCUGCGCAUUCUCCAGGACUCCGGGUGGUCCAAGGAAGACAUCGAUAAGCUUCGUCCUAUGACUCGCUAGUACAGUAGUAGCAGUGACAGAAUUACUCUAAAUUGAACCUUGCCCGUGGCAGCC